AUGGACAAUUACUCUCAGAUGCACUUCGACAGCGACGACGAGGGCUCGCGCGCGUCGCGGGGCGGGGACGAUAAGAUACGACACCCGAUCUGCAGCGUCGUGAUCUUCGUGAACGGGUGCUCGGGCGGUCCGACGCUCGUGACGGACCAGACGCCGAGCAGUCGGAGACUGGCGAGGAGAGGGUGGCUCGCGCGGCCGAAGGCGCGUCCUCCUUACACCACGGGGCGCGUCGUGGUCUUCGACGGGACGCGGCUGCACGGCGUCGUCCCCGGCCGCGGCGACGUCCCCGGGGUCCCCGGGGACGUCCCCGGACCGGAAGGGAGCCACCGCGCGACGCUCAUGAUCGCGUUCUGGGAUAAGGUGAAGAUACGCCGCGCGAAGGGCCCGGGGUCGUCGUCGUUUUGGCCGAAGGGCAGCGCGAGGCCGUUCCCGCCCGCGGAGGCGUUGACGGCGGCGCUCGGCGGGGAGACGAUCGACGGGGGGAUCCCCGUCCCCGCGUGGCCGUCGCUGUUUAUGCUCCCGAGUGGUCCCGAGUUCGCGGCGUCGUGCGCGGGCGCAGACGACGACGACGAUGCCGACGACGACGAUGAUAACGUCCGGAAGGCGGGCGUUUCGUUCGCAGGGAGAGAGACCGCGGCGACGCCGGUGUCGCGGGUGUGGGAAGACGUGGACGCGGCGGCGAACGGCGCGUGCAUGCCGUCGCUGCUCGUGGACAAGAUCCAGUCCCUGCCGCCGAUCGACGCGUGCUUCAUGUUCUGACGGACGGACGCGCAGGUGUGGUAGCCAUAUGGAGCGCGCAGGGGUGGUGGAGAGGCGUGGAGAGGCGAGGAAGGCGCGCGUGAGACGAUCGGCGACGCGUAAAAAGUUGUAUUCGACCGUUGUGCGUUUUUUGAACCGUUGUUCUGGAUUUAAAUGUAUCCGAGUUGGCGAG